UAAACCCGCGCGCAUUUUAUCCUUAAUUUGGUAGUGCAUGACGCUGCUACAAGUUCAUUAGAAAUACUAAAUUUCUUUUCAAUUGUGCAAGAUUUUUUUUUCUGCGUCAACAGCACGGUGGCAAAUACUUGCUAAAGAAGUGCCAACUUUCAGUUUAAAACCACUCUCAAAUACUCGAUGGGAAAGCAGGGUUGAAGCAGUAAAAGCUCUACGUUUUGAACUGGGAAAAGUGUAUGAUGCCUUUUUUACCAUAUAUUCCGAUAGGAGCAAAGAUGCGGAGUCAAAAAAUAUGGCAAAUUCAUUACUGGGAAAAAUUAAGUCGUUUAAAUUCAUCUACUCUCUGCUUAUUUGGUUUGAAAUUUUAAGCAAGAGAAAUAUAGUUAGCAAGGCACUUCAAAAGUCAGAUGAUGUAUUGUCAGAAGCGGUGAAAAUGAUUGAUAAUGCAAAAAUAAGUUUAUCUGAAUUCCGUAAUGACUCCGCUUUUGAAAAGCUCCUUAACAGCGGGAAAACUGUAGCGGAAAAAGUCGAGGCAAUAGCAGAAUUUCCCACACCUGCGCGCCCUCGCGCUCGUAAAAGGGUUUUUAAUUAUGAGGCGGAGGAUGAACCGAUCACAGACGCGAAAAUACAUUUUAAAGACAAUUUUUACUACUAUUUAUUAGACACCGCAAUUACUAAGUUCGACAAACGGUUCGAACUUCUCAAUCAAAAUAAUGUAGUUUUUUCAUUUCAUCAAAAAUUGACACAAUGGAAGGAUUUGGACUCGGAUACAAAAAAAAAGCACAUUGUUCUAAUUUAGAAAAUAAACUUUGGCAAGCUGGCUCUUCAGACAUGGAAAAGUUCGAGCUCUUGAAAUCGAAUUAUUAUCGAUGUUUAUUGAUGAUUCCACUACGCCGUUGGAUAUUUUAAAUUACUUGUUUACGAAUAAAUUGAUUUC